AUGGAACACGCCAAAUCAACUCUUCAUGACCUCAAGAAUUUAUUUACCUCGAGGACUAAAGUUUUUGACAACCAGAUCCCGCCAACUUUGAUUUAUACUAAUACUAGAAGAAAAACGAUGACUGCUUUAAAAGUUCUCAACAGAGCACGAGGAGUUGUAAAAGGCGAAUACAACCCCAUCAGUACCUUUGCUUGCCGUUUCCAUUCAAAUACAGGUCCUACAGAUAAAACGGCUGCUAUUGCCGACUAUUCAAAUGGCGUUUAUCCAGUCAUCACGUGUACAUUGGCUCUAGGUCUCGGUCAAAACUGGACAAGGGUCCGUCAAGUCAUUCAAAUGGGGAGAGCCGACGCUGCGGCAGUUUCCCAAAUCAUCGGGCGUUGUGGACGUAAUGGUAACCCCGGUUUAGCUGUGUUCUAUGUCGAAAAGCAUCGAAACAAAGGCAAAAAUUUGGUCGCUGAUUUCAAAGGCUUGACAAAGUUUUCCGACGACAACCUUAUGGAUGGUUUGGCUGUUACUCCGGUAUGCUUACGAAUUGCUUUCACACUAUCUAGCUUAAUCGGAAAAAUUCCAAUGAGUGAAGAUGAGGAAAUCUAUGUACAAGAGAAAUCAAGACAAGCUGAAAUGUGUGCAUGUCGCUGCUCGAAUUGCGAGCCUGAGGCGAGUAAACUGUUGGCUGCAAAAAUGAAGUGGCUGACUACUUCGAACUUCGAUGCUGCCAUCAAAAAUCCGGAGGCUUUGGCGGAUUUGGCACGUCAGAGGUCAAACGUUGAUGCUGGUGAUAUAGCUGAGGAUAUACCUACGGAACUAGAUCCUGAUGCACCAAUCACCAAUCGAAAACCUAACGGCCCUCCUCCUCGUCGAAUUGAACUGAUGGAGUUGGCCAAUCAGCUCACUCUAACCAUCAAAGAACAUCAUCUCGCCUUGAUGGAAGGUCAUGAUCGACUCAAGGCUUCCGCUUAUCUUACCGACGAUGACAUAUGGAGGAUUUUAGAUAGGAUCUAUACCAUCAAGACUCAUGACGAUGUAUACAACAUCCUUGGCUGUGAUAUGCUACCAGGUGGAGUUGCUAAAUUAUUCAAGUGUAUUGAAGAGUGGAAUUCUAGUAGUCUGGGUGCUCAAGCCAUGACUGAAAUGCGUGCGAGGGAGGCUGCCACAAGAUUAAUACAGGCCGAGACUCUUACUAGACUCCAAAAGCAACACGAAGAGCGAGAAUUGAAGGCUCAAGAAGCCCGCGCUGUCAAGUCGAACAAAAGAAAGCAACAUGAAGUAGACCAGCUUGCAGAAACCGAAGCAAAAAGACAAAGGAAAGAUGAAAAAGAUAAGAAGAAGCAGGCUGCAGCUAAGUCAAAGGCCGAUAAAGACGCACGCAUUGCUGCAAAUAAGCGAAUGAUGGAUGGUUUGCACGCUGGAAAAUCAAUAGAACAAGUUGAUGCAGAAGAGAAGAUUAGGUUCCAACAUGCUGGCAAGGAGAACGAGAUUGUAUCUUCAAAUGACACAUGA